AUGCUAGGCACAGAUGGAGAUGACAAUUGGGACCUCCAAUUGACUCUGACCACGGUAGAGCUCAACAGGGUCAGGCUCGAACGUUUGCGUUUGGCUGGGAACCGGACCGGGGCGGACCUCGCGAGAAAGCAAGCUGAUUACGUGGCGAGAACGCUCAAGGUGCUCGGUGGGUGCAUCUCGCAGCAGCAACAGGCUAUGGGGAAGCGUGCCAGCGGCGACACUAGAGGGUGGGGCGAGGGCGAGGGGUGGGAGACACAAGGUGCCAAAGCCCACGAGACACGGCUGCGACUCUUGACGCUUCAGGGGCAGUGGCUCGAGACGAAGGGACAUUUGCUGGCGGAGAACAACUCCUCCGGAGGGGGGCAGGAGGAAGAGGCAGCCGAGAGCUUCCGUGCAUCCCUCGCCAGCCUGGAGAAGGCCACCGAACUCGGGGACAGCUUGACCGUGCGCCCCCCCCGAUCCAAGCUGUCCCCGACCCCCGGGAGUUCCGAUGGAAACGCCUCCGGGACGACGCCUACGCCGGGAGCCGUCGAGGCCACCGGCGAGGCCAUGUUGCGGCUGGCCAAGCUUUGCGAUACCAUGUCCGCCGGGGACAGCACCAUGUCAGAUGUAAGGGGAAGGGGGCGGGAAGACCUGGCCGCGCUCGCCGUGAAGGAGUACCUUCGGGCCAUGGGAGUCGGGUCUGCCGGCGCGAGGGACUCUUUCCCGAGGGUUCUCUACCUGGCGGGGAAGUUCUCCAAGGCUCGCGCGGCGUUCGCGGACGGGGCGUCGGUUGUACCCGAGUGGACGUUCCUGCGAUGGAGAUGGCAGAUGCUCGGGGUUACAGGGCGGGAGGAGGGGCCUGUGGUGAUCAAGGCGAGACUCGUUUGUGGCAAGCUUAAGGAGAAAAACGGAAGAGUGAUGACGUUCCGCAUCUUGUUGGCGGUUCUCGAGCGGGUGGCGCUCGCCUACCCUCGAGCGCUGUUCUACCCCCUGCUCAUGACGAAGGCAUCGGCGGCGGCCAGAAACGGCGAAGGGGGUGCCGGAGCCGAUGACGACGGGCGAAAGCUCUCAAGACUCACAGCCCUGACCGCUGACCCUUCCGCGGAGGCGUUUGCCGAGGCCCUACGUGGGCUACAUCACCCCGAGAUGCGGUUCUCCGACGGCAUGAAGCGGGUGUGCGGGCUACUGAACAAGUCCCAAAUAGACCUUGCUCGUGUGGCCUACCGGAAGUUGCGGAACGACUGCCUCGUGACCACCGGCCGCAAGACAGGGGACGACAAGGUCGUACCGCAAACUGUUUGUGUCCGUUUGGUUUCCCAGAUGUCAGAGCGCUGGAGGGAGUUGGACAAGGCCAUGGGCAAGGACGGGGAACUUCUGAACGACCGCGAGGCUAGGCGCUUCCUGUUCCAAGGAAGAAAAUGGCAGCUCGAGGUAAAGAAGUCUUCCCGGCUGAAGCUUUCAGGUUUUUCGACGUGGAUGUCCGACUUCGACUCCAACCGGCACAAGCUAGAGGUCCCCGGACAGUACGGGGGGAUGUCUGCCGCCCCUCCCCGGGUUUCCCUGCACAGUCGCAUUGUCAGGCAAGAGCGUGCGCUUUUUGUUUCGGUGCAGGCGCCAGGGAUUGAGAGCUUCCCCCUUGUGUUCCGUGCCAGAAAGGUGUUUGGGUUUCAUACGCCUUGGCAUGGGAACGGCAACGUUUGGCUGGGUUGGUUCAGGACCCCGAUGCUCUCCUCCAAUACUUGA